GAUUGAGAAUAACUCAGACUAACAUGAUUUCUGUUUUCUCCACAGCCUUGAAAAACCCUAGCUCAGCCAGUGUCUGAGUAGUGAAUAUUGUGUGUGUGUGUGUGUGUGUAGGCUAUAAUGGGUCUGUCACUGUCUGGCUGGCUGGGUGGCAUCCCAGCCAAGAUGAAGAAGGAUGCUCCCUCCUCUUCCUCCUUCCUCCCGCUGUCCAUCCCUACCUCCUCCCGCCUUUCACUCCUCCUAAAUUCCUCUCCCGUUGACCCUGGAGACCCCCGGUGCCGCUGGAGCCCCACACACUGUUCACCUCACUUCCUGCUGUCCCAGUGCGGGGAGGAAGUGACACGCGCACCCACCCAGCAGAUCAGCGAUGGGGCUCGGGGGGAGAAGGGGGAAAGGGGAGGAAUGCACGUCUGGGAGGUGCUCUGGUGCCCCACCCACAGAGGAAGUCAUGCUGUGAUUGGUGUAUCCACGGAGCACUGCCCACUACAAACCUCUGGUUACACUGCACUGAUGGGCGGAGACUCACAGUCCUGGGGAUGGGAACUCACAAACAAUCAGCUGUGGCAUGCAGGGCAAGCCCUGGGGAGAUACACUGGGGAGAGAGGGGUGCAGGCGGAAGAGCAAUCUGUGUCCCCCCCUCACCCUGUCCCGGAGCGCGUGCUGCUGGUUCUGGACGCGGACACAGGAGCUCUGGGAUAUGUAGUAGAUGACUGCUUCCUGGGCAUGGCCUUUAAGGACCUCCCCCAAGGGGUGGAGCUUUUCCCGGCCAUCAGCAGCGUAAGGGGUGGAGCCUUCAUACGACUAUGCUACCUCAACGGAGCUACCCGUGAGCCUCCUGCACUGAUGGCUCUCUGUGGUCUGUCCAUCCAUGUGUCCAUGGGGAAAGAGAGAGAGACUCAGACAGACAGACUUCCUCUGCCUCCUCCUCUUCAACGCUACAUCCUGCCCAGCAUGUGACACACACACGCACACACCCACACAAACUAUAGAGUAAAUAGGAAAGUUCUCACUGACCCAAUGUCCAUAUACUGCUAAAUUAAAGAACAGUUUUUAAUUGAAUUAUGCAGGUCAUCCAGAAAAGAAAUGAGCCUCGCUGUAUUGUAGGGGCCAAUGAGUGGUUUAUGUAACAGCAAACCAUCAUUGGACAGUGCUGCACACACUGUGAUGUUAGCUCAUCUCUGGCCUGGGACAUCCACGGUUGCUCUCUGUCCAAUCACAUUUCUUCCCCUGUGGCAUGUUUUUGCCAGGUUGAAUCCAGCUUCAUCCACAAAGAUGAAUGUAUGUGCAGUUUGCCUGGCUUCCAUCUCCAUUACUCUCUAAAAUACAGUAAAUCCACAGUUUUACAGUACUUUACAUUAUGCAUAGCUGUGUAUGUACCCUGUUUAGUUAUUGAACAGACAUCUUACCUGUACAUAUUGAUACCAGAGUUCUUUCACACAUUCACCGUUUCUCUCAAAGGGUACAGUGUACAACUGCUUCAUCCUUAUUUUAUGUUUCUCUAGGACUCUGGCAAUUGUCGUUGUGCUGACUGUAUUCACAUUCCCAAAAGUGAUAUUGUCUGCCAGCACUCUGUCCCGAAUUUCCUGCAGUUUUAUUGCAUUGUUGCCAAUUAUCAUGGCAAUUUCCUGCGCAUCUGAUAAUAUUCUACCUCUCCCUCCUGUGGGAGGCAACCUUUGGAUCCUACUGAAAAACACAAAACAAUCAAUAUAUUUCAAAAUGUAAAAAUGUGAACAUACUGUAUUGUACUGUAAUAUGUAGUUAAAUUAUCAUUGAAGGAUGCACAUCUCACCUGUUGUUUUGCCUGAAAAUUCGUACUAUUGAUGCAACUGUUGAACGCUGCAGAUUUGGUUGCACCCUUAAACCGGCCUCUCUCAAAGAGAGACCACCCAAGCCGCCCUUAUCUCAUCCUCCACGCAUUCUCCCUUUCCCUGCCACUCUUCUUUCCCUACCAACCUGUCUUCCUUGAUCCAUGUUUCCAAGCUAAAUCAUUCCGAAGCCGUCCUCUUUUGUCUGUUUGGUAACGAGACUAAAAACAGGACACUUGGGUAGGCUUUCAGCUGAAAUUGCAAUCAGCUGUGUUUGGAAUGAUUACAUAUUCUGCUGAGAUUUUCUAUGUUUCUAUC